AGAUUUGGCCUAAAAGUGAUGAAAGAACAAGUCAUGCUUGAUACCUGGAAUGGGUUAAUCUUUGAACAAAAUGGAGAGAAAUUGCUGGAUGACUGGAUCUGGACAGCCAGAGUUUUAGUGGAUACCAGCUCUCACCAUAAUCAGAAUAGA